AUGUGUGCCACGGUAGAAAACACAUACAACGAACACCUACAGAAGGGCUGCAGGGGUCUGCAGACAGGCAACUUGGACAUAACAGGACAGCUGCAAGAGGGCUGCAGAGCCCUGCAGACAGGGGACCUGGACAAGGCAGAACAGAACUUUGCAGCUGCGCUCAAGUCAGUUCAUGGAAAAGAUUCAAAGAAAGAGGUGGAGCCACUACUAAAGUUAAGUGAUGUCUACCUGAAGAAAGGAUUACAGUCAAAAGACGGUGAUGAUUUCACCAAGGCAGCAGCGCUCUGUAACGCAGCACUGGUAAGAUCCAAAACAGAAGACCAAGGUGGCAUAAAACAAACAAUCCAAUUGAUAACCCAAGCAUUCGUUCAGCACGUCCUGGGUAUCAAACGAACGGUAGGCAUUGAUGACGUAGACAAACACAAAACGAUGUUGAAGGAAGAUAGACACAAAAUAGCAAAAGAAAUCGAAAAGAUUGAACAACAGGCCGAUCCUUACUGCCUUGAUGAUGACGACCCAAAAAUUACAGAAGUGGAGAAGAGGAGAGUGGAAGCAGUCAAGGUAUUGUUUCAGACAAUACUGCAUCAGCGAAGAUUGUUUAUGACAGGCCUUAUAGAUGAAUGCAUGGAGGUAAUGGGCCCCCCUUCCUGUAAGUACGCCAUGAUAGGCUUGGGUUCGCAAGCCACAGGUCUAGUAACACCGUACUCUGACAUUGAAUUUGCCAUUUUGGUAGAGAAGGAAGCAGAAAAUAAUGUCAAGUACUUCCGCAACCUCACUCACUACCUUCAUCUCAAAGUAAUCAAUCUGGGAGAAACUAUUCUUCCUGCCAUGGGGAUUAAGUCUCUUAAUGAUUUCCACUCAGACUACCCACUGGACAACUGGUACUAUGACUCUGUAACACCGCGCGGGUUUUCGUUCGAUGGUACCAUGCCACAUGCAUGCAAGACUCCGCUAGGCAGGGGUAAAACGUGUGAACUUAUCCGCACACCCAGUAACAUUGUUAAACUCCUGGAAGAAAAUGUCACGUUUUACUUAAAGAAAGGCUACCAUCUUGUAAGUGUCCUGGGUGUACGAUAG